GGUGCCCGCUCAGCAGCCUCCCGCCGUCGCCCCAGACCUCGCCGCAUCCCAGCCCAGUGCGCCCUGCUUAGGUCCGCGGAGCCCACGGUGCGCUGUCCUGCAGGCAUGUGUGCCGCUCGCACGCCGCCCCUAGGGCACAUCUUCCGAGGGACGUUCGUUCACUCCACCUGGACCUGCCCGAUGCAGGUGCUGCGAGACCAUCUCCUGGGAGUGAGCGACAGCGGCCAAAUAGUGUUUUUAGAAGAAGCAUCUCAACAAGAAAAGCUGGCAAAAGAAUGGGGCUUCAAGCCAUGUGAGAUAAGAGAACUUAGCCACCAUGAAUUCUUCAUGCCUGGGCUGGUUGAUACACACAUUCAUGCCCCACAAUAUUCUUUUGCUGGGUGUAAUGUUGAUCUACCACUUUUGGAAUGGUUGACCAAGUACACAUUUCCUACAGAACAAAAAUUUCAGAGCAUCGACUUUGCAGAAGAAGUAUAUACAAGAGUUGUUAGGAGAACACUAAAGAAUGGAACAACCACAGCUUGUUACUUUGGAACAAUUCACACUGACUCAUCACUGCUUCUUGCAGAAAUUACAGAUAAGUUUGGGCAGCGGGCAUUUGUGGGCAAAGUCUGCAUGGAUUUGAACAACAGUGUCCCUGAAUACAAGGAGACCACGGAGGAAUCAGUCAAGGAAACAGAGAGAUUUGUGUCAGAAAUGCUCCAAAGAAAUUAUUCUAGAGUGAAGCCCAUUGUGACUCCACGCUUUUCUCUUUCCUGCUCUGAAAACUUGAUGGGUGAACUUGGAAAUAUAGCAAAGACCCAUAAUUUGCAUAUUCAGAGCCACAUAAGUGAAAAUCGUGAUGAAGUUGAAGCUGUGAAAAACUUAUAUCCCAGUUAUAAAAACUACACAGAUGUGUAUGAUAAAAAUAAUCUUCUGACAAAUAAGACAGUGAUGGCACAUGGCUGCUACCUUUCUGCUGAAGAAUUGAACAUUUUCAAAGAAAGAGGAGCAUCAAUCUCACAUUGUCCCAACUCUAACUUAUCGCUAAGUAGUGGCUUUCUCAAUGUGCUAGAAGUCCUGAAGCAUGACGUGAAGAUUGGGCUGGGUACAGAUGUGGCUGGUGGUUACUCGUACUCCAUGCUUGAUGCAAUCAGGAGAGCAGUGAUGGUUUCUAAUAUACUUUUGAUUAAUAAGGUAAAUGAGAAAAGCCUCACCCUCAAAGAAGUCUUCAGACUAGCCACUUUAGGAGGCAGCCAAGCAUUAGGGCUGGACAAAGAGAUUGGAAACUUUGAAGUGGGCAAGGAAUUUGAUGCUCUCCUGAUCAACCCCAAAGCUUCUGACUCUCCUAUUGAUCUGUUCUAUGGAGAUUUUGUUGGUGAUAUUUCUGAGGCUGUUAUCCAGAAGUUCCUCUAUCUAGGAGAUGAUCGUAAUAUUGAGGAGGUAUAUGUGGGAGGAAGGCAGGUGGUUCCCUUUUCAAGCUCGGUGUAAAACCCCGGUCAUCACCAAGUCCUUCUGGGAUAACGUGAUUCUGCGUCUCCCUUGUAUCCAGGUGGAGUUCGAAAGACAAAAUCAGUACCUUGUUCUUGGGAUGGCAAUCAACUUCUGUGUCUAGUUACAAUAUUCACUUGACAAAUUAUUUGAGGGAAGUUGCUUUAAUGAUCAACUCUCUGGUUGGGAGGAUUCAAAAUUUCUCCCUUUUGUUCUGCUCAGAUUUA